AUGCACACCGAGCUCGAGUUUCCUCAUCCUCAUUUUGCGCUCAUCUAUAUCGAUGAAAAUGGAAAACCCCAAGUCCAUGAAUCGCCCUCAAUCGCCGGCUGCGGCCGAGCGAUCUUCACCCCAGAUGUAACAGACCGGUUUAUGGAGAUGGCCAGUCCAAAUGGACAAACCACUACCCAAUACAGCACUAGUAUGUCUCUUCGCUAUGAACUCUCGAGGGCCCGCAAGGCGCAUUGGAUACUCACAGUAGCUUUAGAUAUGAAUCAAAUACCCCAAUCAUCGUGGAACAUGCCCGAAAACCCAGAGUGGAUGUAUCCAGCUCAACGAUCGGUCGAGCUCAUCCCCUGCGAAUGGCAAUCGCAUCAGUCAAGACGCAAACGCCGCGACACCAAGCGCGUAGGGCUGGGCAUGUCGCCGCCAAAGUCAUCGUCGCCGCCCCCUACACCUGCAAUAGGGCACACGGUUCUGCGCGUCGACAAUCGCGAGUUGCUGCGCCGGUUCUAUGCGAAGGCUUUCGAGGAGUUCCAGCAAUUGAACUGUCGGUCUAUCGCGAAGUCUUACAUCAAGCUCGUCGAGCCUCGGAAACAAGUGCAUUUCCCGUACAACGGACGCACAACCAUUGCAGGGGUGCCCCAGCGCGUAAAUCCCGAAAUGACCAAGCCUGGUUGGUGGCCUGCGGGGGUGGUGCACAAAGAGCCCGAUCACUUGUUGAAAAAUGACCGAGUCAGGCUCCUCGUACAUAUCCUCUGUGAGCUCAGAGACAGCCAUGGCAUCACAGUCGAGAAGCUCCGGGAGGCGUCCCAGGAAGCGCGCAGGCAUAUCAACCCCCCCAAUCGCCUGGAGGUUCUAGAUGAGAUUUACUUUGUCCGAAGGAUGGAAGAGAAGUAUCUCGACGGGAAAAUCGACGGGAGCAAGAUGAUCCAAGUGACAAAGACCCACCUCCCCGACGCCGUGUUCUCCGGCGAGGGCCUGCCCAAGGGCGCCUGUUUAGCGCCUAUAAAAGCCUCAGACUCGGCCCACGAAAGCUUCGGGGACGACGGCACCUCAUCCAUCGACAAUGGCGAGUUAUCGGUCCCGAAGCAGGAAGUUCCCUUGACGCCCACAACGAGCAAUUCGAGCGUCUCGCACAGUCCCAUUAAUGACCUCGGGACUUACUCGAUGGGCAUGAUGCCCAAUACACUCUCACACGGGUCUCCGGUGGAUAUGCGACAAGCGGCGCCGGACCAGACUUAUUUCAGAGGGUAUUUUCCCCAGCAGUUUGCACCAGUGGAUAAGGAGGCUGCGUACUGGCCGAACGUGCCGCAUUCGAUUCAAUACGGGUAUUGA